AUGGUAUCAAAAUUCUACCAGAAUGUCCUGGCAUUGGAUUUUACUAUAAACGACAUUAACAAGACUCCCAAGAUCUUACCCAAUGUCACACUUGGAUUCCACAUGCAUGACAGCUACCUAAAUGAGAGGAUGAGCUACCGUACCACGCUGGACCUGCUGUUUAAAUCACUCAGAUUUGUCCCCAACUAUUUAUGUGGCACACAGAAAAAACUCAUAGGCAUUGUCGGGGGACUUGGAUCUGAUAUCUCUUUCCAUAUGUCAGACAUCUUAAGUCUCUACAAGAUUCCACAGCUCGCGUAUGGCUCAUUUGCCCCAGAGGAAAGUGAUAGAACACCGUUCCCUUCUUUUUAUCGCAUGGUUCCAAAUGAAUCCCCUCAGUAUAUGGGGAUUAUCUGGUUACUCCAGCAUUUUGGAUGGACCUGGGUUGGCCUCCUUGUCAAUGAUGAUGACAGUGGAGACUAUUUCUUGCAUGCUCUGGAACCAUUACUUUCCAAGAAUGGAAUCUGUUCAGCCUUCAUACAAAGAAUCAAAACCCAAGGUCGUUUGCUUACCAUUUCUGAAAUGGAUGGUAUGUCCUCAAAUAUGUAUCUGCCUUUCAUGGAUAGGAAAGUCAGAAUCUUUGUUGUUUAUGGUGAAACUCUCACCAUUAUUUGGUUGGGCACUUUAAUGAUUCUAGCAGGUGAUGAAUUUCAGGAAGAAACAUCUGUUGGAAAGUUAUGGAUUACGACACCCCAGAUUGAUUUUACAGUAAUGGGUCUUAUAACGAGUUGGGAUUCUGAAAUAUUCCAAGGCACCAUUUCCUUUGAAGCUCACUCAAAUGAACCUCUUGGGUUCCAGGCGUAUCUUGAGAACAUAAAAUUCCAUUGGGUACAAGGAGAUGGUUUCAUGAAGGGAUUCUGGGAACAAGCCUUCCAGUGCUCAUUUCCAGAUUCUAAGAAGCCAGCAAAAGCUGAUAAAGCUUGUACUGGGGAGGAGAAGCUGAAACACCUUCCUGGGUCAGUUUUUGAAACACGCAUGACUGGUCACAGUUAUGGUAUAUUUAAUGCUGUCUAUGCCUUGGCACAUGCCUUGCAUGCCAUGUACUCACUUAAAUCUAACCACAGAGCACAAGUGGGUGGUAAAAAGCUUCAAUGGCAAGACCUUCAGCCUUGGCAGCAUGCCACAGCCAUUGCCAUGUCACCACAGUUUGAAGAUGAGAAGACAGCCCAGGGCCCUUCAGGAAAUGAAUCCUCACUCCACCAGUUUCUUCAAGGCAUUUCAUUUAAUAAUUCAGCUGGAGAAAGGGUACAUUUUAAUGAUAAAAUGGAAAUCAUUGCCGGAUUUGAUAUCAUGAAGAUGGCCAUAUUCCCAAACAGCUCAUUCAUUAAAGUGCAAGUUGGAAGGGUGGAUCCCAAUGAAGGAGAAGAAUUCGUCCUCAAUGAAGAUAAGUUUACCUGGCAGAGAAGUUUCAACCAGGUUCUUCCCAUUUCUGUAUGUAGUGACUCCUGUAAUGCUGGUUAUCAGAAGAAAAAGAAGGAAGGGGAGAAAUUUUGCUGCUAUGAUUGUGAUCCGUGUCCAGAAGGGAAGAUUUCAUACCAAAAGGAUAUGGGUGACUGUUUCCAAUGUCCAGAAGAUCAAUACCCAAGCAGAGACAGAGAUCAGUGCAUCUCUAGGAUUAUAAGUUUUCUGUCCUACAAAGAACCUUUAGGACUCAGUUUAGCUUCAGUUGCUGUCUCUUGUUCCUUGAUCACAGCCUUGGUGUUAGGAAUAUUUUUCCGGCACAAAGACACCCCCAUAGUCAAAGCCAACAAUCGAGAUCUUACCUACAUUCUUCUCUUCUCCCUCCUUCUCUGUUUCCUCUCUUCUUUUCUAUUCCUUGGACAACCUGGGAAAGUGUCCUGCCUCCUACGGCAACCAACUUUUGGCAUCAUCUUCUCAUUGGCUGUUUCUUCUGUGUUGGCCAAAACCAUCACUGUGGUUGUAGCUUUCAUGGCCACCAAGCCAGGGUCCAGUUUGAGGACGUGGGUGGGGAAAAGACUUGCCAACUCCAUUGUUCUUUCUGGCUCCCUCAUUCAAACAGGUAUUUGUGCCAUGUGGCUAACAACCUCCCCCCCAUUCCCAGAUCUUGAUAUGCAGUCACAGGUUGGAGAAAUUGUAGUGGAAUGCAACGAAGGGUCUGUUGUCAUGUUUUAUCUUGUCCUGGGCUACUUGGGACUUCUGUCCAUCAUCAGCAUCACUGUGGCUUUCCCAGCCAGGAAAUUGCCAGACAGUUUUAAUGAAGCCAAGUUCAUCACCUUCAGCAUGUUGAUGUUUUGCAGUGUUUGGUUGUGUUUUGUUCCAACCUAUCUGAGCACCAAGGGGAAAUACAUGGUGGCUGUGGAGAUCUUCUCUAUCUUAUCUUCCAGUGCAGGUUUACUUGGUUGUAUCUUUUUCCCUAAAUGCUACAUUAUUUUGCUGAGGCCGGAACUGAACAGCAGAGAUCAUCUAAUAAGAAGAACCUAUUAA